UUUGCUAACAUGCGUGUUUUAGUGGGGUAGCAGUGACUGCGUGCAGUGAGCUAUCUGUCUGUCCAGGUUUACCAUGAAGUAGUUUUAGUGGUUGAUUUCGUGUGCUUGUUAUCUGCUGUUUGUAAAGUAUGUCCGUGAACGCAUCAAACCACGAGCUGAUCCAGCUGAUCCACCGCCAUUUGAAGGAGCAUGGUUUCCACUCAGCUGCAGAUGAGCUUCAGAGGCACAGCCCACAGGGGGAGACAAAACUAUCUACAUCAUUAUUGGACAUCUACAGUUCGUGGUUAAAUAACUCCAAAAAGACUUUUACUCCAACUAAAGGUAAGACCUCUUCUUUUCCAAAAGUGACCUUUGUGCAUCACUUUUUCUAUUUUCAUCUUACACCUGCACCAGCCACAAAAAUCACAACUCCAUCCACAUCCAAUCAGACCCAAGCUGAGGAUGACAGCAGCUCAGACAGUGAGGAGCUGAGUCAGAGUCUACUGCCACAGACUCCCUCAGCUACCAGUAAAAAGUCAGCUCCCACAACCCCAGUCAAACCAGUGGCAGCAGCAUCUCCAAACAAAAAGAAACCAUUGAGCCCAGUCAAACCUGUAACUGCAGCCCAAGGGGAUUCAAGUGAAAGCACUGACAUAUCAGAGAGUGAAGAAAAUACUCCAGCUGUUACAUCAGCAUCAAUAGUGACACCAGUGAAGCAGAAACCGAAAUCAACAGCCAAGGCAGUAAAAUCUGGUAAAAACUCACAUGGGUCUGACGAAAAAGCUGCAAAGAAGAAACCUGACAAGAAAAAUCUAAAGAGCAGCAAGGACACAGUCGGCAAAAAACAAGCCUCAGUUAAGGUCAAAAGUCCCAAGAAGAAAAGCAGCGUCACCUCUGCAACAGCACCUUCUGAUGCCAAGCCAUCCACGCUGAAGAAGAAGGAUAAAACUGCAAAAUCUCCAAAAAAGUCUGUGUCGCCAGCAAAAAGGAAAAAGAGUGAUGGUCAAUCUGCAGUAAAUGGUGUAAAGGCGAAGAAAUCAAAGGCGAAAACUAAAGACAAGGCUGUGGCUGCUGGUGGAGAUGAUUCAGACUCUGACAGCAGUUUGGAUGUAGAGAAAUGGAAGACACUGCUCCUACAGAUGACAGAUGCUGACGUAGCCAAGAUGGACACCAUCCAUGCUUUGGACUCCAUUCCACCCCCAAAGAAGAGAGUCAGGAAACCUCGGGCCAAGGCACCAGCAAAAACUGACACUCCUGUUAAACAGAAUAAUGAGACUGUUGAGAAGAAUGAGGGAGUGGAGGCGAAAGCUGUGACAAAGCCAAAAACGGAUAAAGUCAAGAAGAGCCAGCCAAAAAAGACAACAUCUGUGGACUCCUCUGGCACCCUGAGCCAAGAGCAAAACCUGAUCACUGCAGAGGAUACACCAGCUAUGUCCAACCUACCUCCCUCAAAGGCAGAGAAAAGGAAAGUUGUGACUCCCAGUGAGGAAAAAACUGAUGAGACAACGUCUGAGCCUAAGAAGAAGAAGAAGAAAAAGGAAAAGGAGGUGUUCGAAAACAAAGUGGAAGAGCAUCCAAAUGAGAUAGGGGAAGAUGGAAAAGGAAAAAAGAGCAAGAAGGAGAAGAAAAAAAAGAAUGAAAUCACUGAGCCAGAGUGUGUUGAUAAACCUGUGGAGGAGAAGAAAAAAAAGACAAAUAGUGAUAACAAGAAAACUGACACUCAAGAAGAACUGAUAACAGAGAUGAACAAAAAUGGGAAUGCUGAUACAGAGGAAAUUACAGAGCCAAUAGUAAAAGAAAAUAAAUCUAAGAAGAAGAAAAAGGAGAUGGCUGAUAGUGAGGAGACUUUGGCACCAAUAUUGGAAGAAAAGAAAGCAAAGAAGAAGAAAAAGCACACAGCUGAUAGUGAGGAAAACUCAGAACAGACAGCAGUAGAAAAGAAAGCAAAGAAGAAGAAAAAGGCCAAUGAUACUAUUGAAAAUCCAGAGCCAGUAGUCGGAGAAGAAAAAGAGAAUUCAGAGCAGAUAGUUAAUGAAGAGAACGCAAAAAAGACGACAGAAACUGCUGAGAGUGAGGAAAAUCCAGAGACAGUUGUAAAAGAAAAGAAAGCAAAGAAGAAGAAGAAAAAGCACAUUGAUAGUGCUGAAAAUCCUGAACAAGUAGUCGAAGAAGCAAAAGAAAAUUCAGAGCAGAUAAUUGAUGAAGAGAAAGCAAAAAAGAUGACAGAAAUGGCUGAUAGUGAGGAGAAUCCAGAGACAGUUAAAAAAGAAAAGAAAAAGAAGAAGAAAAAGGAGAAUCCUGAUGAAAGAAAUUCAGAGCAGAUAAUUGAAGAAAAGAAAAUUAAGAAAAAAAAGAACAAAGCUGAACAUAAUGAAGAGGUUUCAGAGCAGAUAGUUGAAGAAAAUACAACAACAAUCAAUGAAAUGCUGGAGCAGAAUACUGAAGUGAAGAAGAAAAAGAAAACGAAAAAGGCGUUAGAAACCGACUCCGCUGACUCAGAGCCACUACCUCCAUCCACCCCUGAGACGCCAACUCCUCCUACAGACAAGAAGAAAAAAAAAAGUAAAUCGAUACCAUUUGAGUUUCCAGAAACACCUUCAGCCUCUGUCUAGGAUGACACCCAGAAAUAGAAAGGGAAAUCUUUGAAGAUCACAGAGUCAUGAAGCCUCUGCAUCCCUGCUGAGAUAGAUCGUCUCUAAUAAUGUGUUUAACAGUUACAAAGAUCACUGAAAACUUUUAAAAGAAAUGGACUUUU